AUGGGGGAAACUCUACCACUGCUGCGAGGGGACAUUUCCCUGGAGGAGGCUCUCGAGGAGGAUCUUGACAUCAUCCGCGAACUCGCCUACCCCGAGAAGCGACGAGAAUUCUCGCUUCACCUCAACAAUGAGCGCGACCAGAUUGCCGAGGUCGUGUCCCGACACUUGAACCUGCGACAAUCCGACUUUAGCCUUGGAGAUGCCAAUGAAUGGAUACAUGGCUCCUUCAAUGCCUGCAUCCCCGUCCAUAUCGAGGAGGACGCGCGGGGUUCGUCUCUGCCCGCGCAGGCCCUUGUCCGCAUCCCCCUCCCCUACAAGGUCGGCGAGGACUUCAACCCGGGCAACGUCGACGAAAAGGUCCGCUCCGAGGCCGCUACAUACAUCUGGAUGCAGAAGAACUGCCCCGACGUACCAAUUCCUCGACUUUUCGGCUUCGGCUUCCCCGGAACGCGAUCGUUCACCUCGAUCGAGACUGCGUCCUUCUACCACCGAUUCAUGUGGUUGCCUCGCCGCUUCGUCGCUUGGAUCUUCGGUCGUGGUGAGCUGAGCCGAUACGUUAUCAACAACCGCAGCACCCUUCCCGACCUGGGGUACCUCGUCAUCGAGCAUAUCGACAAUGGCACUCUUCUGUCGGAGGAUUGGGCUGCCGGUCACAGCAAUGAUGAAAAGAGGGCCAAUCUCUUUGGCAACCUCUCCCGCAUCAUGCUGCGCCUCGCCAAGCUCCCUCUGCCCAAGAUUGGUUCUUGGACCAUGGACGAUAACGGUGAGCUGAAGCUAGCCAACCGACCCCUCACCCCUCUCCUCCACCAGCAAGAGAACGCCGAGAUCCCUACCGACAUCCCCCGUGACCGCACCUACACCUCCGUUGAGUCCUACUACCUCGACCUCAUCGCCUGCCAGGACAACCGUAUUCGACACCAGCCCAACUCGGUCCACGACCAAGGUGACGGUGAACAACAGCUGGCGGCCCUCACUGGGCUGAGGGCCCUCCUGCCCAAGUUUGCGGAUAGGAAGCACCGCGAGGGACCUUUUGUUCUCUCGCUAACCGACCUGCACCGAAGCAACAUCUUUGUCGACGAGGAUUGGAACAUUACUGGCAUUAUCGACCUUGAGUGGGCGUGUUCGCGACCCGUUGAGAUGGCUGGCCCACCUGUUUGGCUCUCUGGCCGCACCCUCGAGGAGAUUACCUUCCACUCGGAGGAGUACGGCAAGUUCCACGAGGAAUUUGUUGAUGCUCUUGAGAGGGAGGAGCUGGACCAGGGUGAAUCGACUGACAAUGCUGAGCUGAUGCGCGAGAGCUGGGAGACACGCAAGUUCUGGUACUCGCAGGCUCUCGACUCUCCAAACACACUGCUCGCUCUCUUUGUGGAUCACAUCCAGCCUCGGUUCGCCAAGCUUAGCAGUGCUCAGUGGGACGAGUUUAGCCACAUGCUGAUGCGAUUAUGGGACGUGGAUAGCCAGGGCUUCAUCUCCAACAAGGUUGUUGAGCAGGAGAAGUACCUCGACCACCUGCGCAGGGUGUUUACCGAAAAGCUGGAUGAGGAUGAUGACGACGAUGACGAAUUCUAG